GAUCUGGAAGGAGAAUGGAUCAUUUUAGGUUACUAAGGGAAAUAUGGCCUUUAUUACGAGAAAGACUAGUAGAACCACUAGAAUUGAUACCCUAUAUAAGAGGACUAAAUGAUAAUGACAUCGAGAGCAUAAGAGCUGCGCACAAUACAAAUAAGAUGACAGCUAUUGAUAGAUUGUAUGAUGCACUCAGAAGAAGGGACCGCAAAUGUUUUUACAGUUUUCUCGUCGCUUUACGAGAACAUGAAUACAAAGAUUUAGCUAAUGAAAUAAUUGAGAUAGGUGGUAUUCAACCUGAGUGGUUGCCAAGACCAUAUAUUAAUGCUGCACUGACAGGCACAAGAAAUCAAUCUGCACUCAGAGUAGAACCACCGCCAGCGCCAAGAGUUGUUGUACAAGAAGAUUCAUAUUCAUCUGUACAGACUCGUAAUAGUGAAUACACAGCAAAACCUACUACUCCUGAGCCAUUAACAGAAGAGACAGAGCUGAGACAGGUGCUAGAUUCCAUUUAUGAUUGUUGGGCUUCUGAACUCAAUAGAGGUCAACUCUGGAGAAAAUUGGGUCAGAAAUUUCGUCUUACAAGGCAAAAAAUUAAAGAGCUACAAGCAGAAUCAAACCCAGGUGAGGCUGUCCUUGACCUAAUUGCAGAAAUAAAUCCUGGAUUCCGGGUUAGGGAUUUAAUGCAACUUUUACAAGGAGAGCGUAUGUUCUCAGAUCUACUUCAGCAAAUCAGAAGGGAUGUAGGUGAUUAUAACAACCUUGACAACAUAUCCUGUCAGCAAGAAAGAGGUCAGGACAAUACAGAAUAUCCACCAAGAAAUGAUUCUACAAGCAACUUGCAAAAUAACGAAAACACUCUGUUAUAUACUCGAUCACAGAACAAUAGUUUUUCCCAAGAAUUUAGCUCUGAUAGCCAAUCCAAAAUAGCCUCUUCAUCCAAAUCUGACAAAUUUCUAGGAAAAAAUAUUCCAGGAGAAUCAGAGAAGUCAUCUACAGCGGGAAUCACUUUAACAGGUGAUUUCACAUCUUGUGACCAAGAAAUACCUGGCCAGAAAGACAAUCAACUGCCUCCAUCUGUAACAAUAUCAGUACAGUCAGAGAGUAGUAAUAUCAGUCCUGUCAUUAAAAGAAGUCAGCAAGAAAUUCAAAGAGAAAAUGAAAGGAAAGGUAGUGGAAUAAGAGAAGAUGAAAGUAAAGGAAAAUCAACUGAGAGUACCAUCAGGACUGGACCUACCAGUUGUGAAAUUGAAGCCUUCCAUCAUACAUCACCAAAGUCUAGUUUUCUAGAUGAUAAUUUAAAUCAUCCAGAAGAUUUAUAUAAAAAAAUUCAAAGUACAAAAGAUGUGACGGGACAUAGAACAGAGAUGGAGACUACUCGUGGCUUAGAUGAUGGAGCUCCAAAUCUUGAUGUUGGGUCAGUAUUGUCAAGACCAGAAGAAAAUGCAAAGCAGACGAGUUUAGCUGGCACAUUUCAUCCUAGUAACAUACAGGAGAGGGGACCUAUUGUUCAUGUUGAACAAUCUGAUUCAAAUCAGGAGGGGUCAAGUAUUACAAAAGCAGUAAAAGAUUUUAGAAAAGCACUAGACAACGAAACUUUUGAAAGUACAUCAGAUAUACCAAGGCCUCAAGAAAUUUCUAUGAACAUUCCAGUCCAGUCAAGUGGACCCAUAGUUCAAAAUGAACAAUCUGAUUCAUAUCAGGAUGGGUCAAGCAAAGAUGCAAAGGAGUUAAGGGAGAAACUAGAGGAAGUAAGUCAAGAAAAUGCAUCAAAUAUAACAAGACCUUCAGGAAAUUCUAUAAAUAUUCCGGUGCUGACAGCUGGCUCUACAGAGGAAGGGAAUCCCAUAGCUGCCCCGGACUCAACCGUCAGCUCUGGGUCUGACCUGUUCCAAUCCUGUCCUGUAGAAUCCGGGUCUGGAGGACAAGGAGAAGAACAGACAGGAAGUCAGAUAGUUAAUUCCACUACAGUUCCAGUCCAACCCACUGAUGAAUCAGGAGCAAAGAACUUGGAGAUGGAAGCCAGGGAAUUGCAGAAUGAUAUGGCAAAUCAGCCAAGUACACAGAGUUAUAGAGAUAUUCAGAACAGUAUGCCUGAUCAGGUCUUUGGUGGAGACCAAAACUGUGUAAACUCCUUAAUAAAUCGACUUCAUUAUGAUACUGAAGAAACAUCUCAAAGUCAAACUCAUGACCAAAGCACACCCCGUGACACGCAAAAUAAUAUUUCAGGAACAUUACAAAUGUCUGAUUCGAUGAGUAUAUCAGGUGUUCUUAGCAAUAUAGCAGGACCAAAUGAUAACCUUGUCAGCACAACUACAGACAACAGCAAUUGUAGUCUAACCUCUACAGAAGAAAGUUAAAUUUUUAUUCAUAUAAGCAAACCAAAACAAGAAUGAAACAAACUUGCAUAACAGUCACACUAUAAUUGUUCCUAGUCUUUCCUGUGAUGGUUAUCAGUCAAGAUAGGUUUAAUUUAAUGAUGCCUGCAUAUGUUAAUCCCAUAAUAUGAAACCCUCUAAAGUCUAUACUGUAAUAUUUGUAUUUAAUUACACAUUGCAUAAUGAUUGAUACUGAUGAAGAAACAUGAGAAAGAGACUGAUGAAAAAUUAUUGCCAAUUCUUCUCCAGACACAAAAAAGGAACAUAUCAUUUCAAUAAGUAUAUAAAACUGUAAGAUGAAGAUUUAAGCAUUGUUUUUAAGGUUUCCAAUGUAAAAUACAUGUACAAUAUUGGAGAUCUAUUUGUUUUGGGCAUUAUCUCUGUCUUAACAAAAGCCUUGGUUUAGUAUGAACUAUUCAAGAAUGGAUGUAAGAUUUUGAUAAGUUAAAGGUCAAGUUGAAGUUACGAUUAAUGUAAUACAUUUUAGCCUUGCCUCUGGCACCAUCAGAUGGUUUUCCCCCUUUUUCUUUUUUAAUAACAGAUCUUACUUGAAAAAAGAUGAAAAAAAAUUGUUGUCCAAGUUGAAUGAUAUGAAAAAUGAAUAUUGAUCAUUAAUAUUAGCAGUUUUUGUAUUCAUCAAGAAGCUUUUGAUUUAGAUAUGUGUGGUUACUAAAGUUAAGUACAUGUAGUGUAUGCGUAGAAUGCUUAAAUCAAAUGAACCAGCAGUCAAUCAAAGACUUUAAAAUCAGUACAUCUAUCUAUGGCUAACAUGACUCUUAGUAUAAUGGAACUUAAUUAAGGUUGUCAGCAUAGUAUGCUUUUUAGUCAAAUUACUAGUAGUUAAAAUGGUUGUUUGGAUUUACAUUCUGUCUAGUGUGUUUAUUAAGUUUCUUUCAUAUAUAAUAUGGCAGAGACAAUAAAAUUAAUUUUUUUAUGAAUGAAUGUCAGACACUGUAUAUCUUGGCAUUAUCUUUCUUGGAAUGAGGAGUUAUGUAUGACUGAAACACGGGAAUUAGCUAGGUCUUCACAAAAACUGUUUAAUAAGUUGCAUAUAUAUAUAUGAAUAUAUAUAUGAAUGUGAUACCGGUGUUUUUCUCUAAAUUGCAAUGCUCAGCUCACUGAAGUUGCUCAUGCAGGUUCAUUUGUGGGCUGGCUAAAGAUUCUUCUAUUAUGUACAAUGUAAUGUUGGAUUUUCUUUUUGAAAAAAAACUGUCUGCUAUAAAAUGUUUGUUCAGUUACAAUAACCAUUUUGAUUUUCAUUAAUGGCACAGAGUGGUAUAAGAGUUGUUAAAGAUAAAUAGAUGUGUUAACAUGUGUACUUAAAAAGUUGAAAAAUGAAUUUUUUCCACUUGAUUAUGAUGAAGUUUGUGUAUUUGGUGAAAAUAAUGUGAUAUGAAAGCCUUUGUUGCAUACAUAAUUCACAAUUUGUACCUAGAAUUAAAGGUAGAAUAUGUUCACAAGAUAUCGUUACAAUUCUGUGCCAAAAGUUAAAUUAUCUAUCAGCUAGCCUAUAGAUUUUUAAA